ACAAUCUGCCUUAAUAUUGGAUUCACGAGGGAUCUUGAUCAAGUAAAGCGAAGGGAAAGAUGAUCGGAGCAAAGAGAAUUCUUCCAGCAGGUUUGAGAAGGCUGGCCAGUCAUCGGGUAGCUGCAACAUCGCGAUUAAUUAUGCACAAUCCGUCUCGAAGGCUUGACAGUCGACCCCUACCGCCAACAAGGAAUCCAUAGCCCACAUCAGGGCUUGUAGCUCCGCAUGUAAAGGGGUUGGGCCACGUCUAUGACUUCGUGCGCCCAGAAGAAGCGUCGAAUUUUCACCAUUACAGUACCACCAACCCAUACCCUGGAAAGGAUCCAAACUUUUCCAUGAACCAUCAAUCUGACAGCGUGGAGAGUCCCGCACCUCUUGAAGAACCGGAGGAUACUGAAAACCCUCCGAGAAAUAUUUGGCCUCCUCCCACAGUAAUCUGUCAUUAUAUGCCUGGUUUAAAAUAUCACUCGGGUUACCAAUUCUCACUAGGUUUCAAACAGGUUCCAAUCGCUGGCCUAAAGACAAUGUUUAGAGGUGGUCCUUUGAAACAUGUCGCAGAAGAUGUCCUCAAGCUAGCAAUGGAUGGUUUGGAGCGUAGAGGGUACAAUGAAACCGGUUUCUUGAACCCUAUCGCCGAGGUGGUUAGAACAGGGGUUACGCCUGCACAUAAGCUCUUGGAGUUAUACAAUGGAGAAUGGGGGCAAAACAUAGAUCAUGUUUUCGAGGAACUACGGUACUAAAAAGAUGAACUACGAUACGACCACGUACGGUAGAGAUGGAAAACGCUUUUGGAGUUGAUAUUAAUUAUUGUUCGGUAGUUCAUGGAAUAAGAAUAUUAUUGUUGAAUUAUUGUUCGGUAGUUCAUGGAAUAACAAUGUUUAGAGGUGGUCCUAGUAGUAG